AUGAAUCUAACGUUAGAUUGUUACAAAAUUCUUGGUGUUGAUGUUAACGCUUCCACAAAAACAAUACGUCAAGCCUACAAGGAAAAGGUUCUCAAGUGGCAUCCAGAUAAACGAGAAAAUGAUAUCGAAGCCGGACGGAUGUUCACAGCAAUUAAAAAAGCAUACGAAACGUUAUCCGAUGAGGGUGCAAAAUUAGCUCACGAUUCAAAACGAGAUGAAGACGACGAUAAUGAUGAUUAUAAUAUACGGCGACAAGAGCUCAUUCAAAUUUUACACGGCAAACGAAUAUCUGAAAUGUACGAAGAGAAAAUUACCAAAUGGAUCGAUGAAUAUCCAAACUAUCAAUUCGAAGAUAAUUUUUCAAGCGAAAUAAUGAAAAUUACAAACACUAUUCUGCACACUUACGAACACGAAAGAACUAUUGACUGUACGAGACACAUAUGUCCUGUGUGUGAUCAAUACUGUCAUGAUCUGGCAGAACACAUGGAUGCCAUGCAACGGAUUCAGAACAAUCAUCUAAGAAAAAUUAGUGAUUCGACAUCGUUAAACGAUCUAUUAGCUUCGUUGACUCAGGACGAUUGGUCAUGGAAACCAGUCGAACCUAGCUCGCCGAAAUACAAGGAACUCUGGUUUAGUCCACAUUGGUCUUCUUUUGAAGAAACCAUCCAUCAACUUUUACCAUCAUUGAAUAUUCUCAAGAAUGUCGGGCUAAAAACUCAACCACCUAUCGAAUACAAAAAAGCUGAACAAAUUGUUCGCUCGAUUUGUGAAGACUAUCCCACCAUCUAUAACCCAGAUAUCACUUUCCUUACAGAAAAGAUCGAUGCCGAACUUCAGUUACAUCGAACUGGUAGUAAGGUUAUCUCUACGACCUAUUCUAUCGGUCAGCAAAUAUGCAUCGUGCAAAAUCCGGAUCAAGAUGGUAUUCUUAGUCAAGUAAUGUUUAACAUUCAGUCAUCGCCUGAUGCAACUGUCGAACAAUCAAAAUGUUCGUUUUGUUCAAAGCAUUUUGGUUUAUUUCGAAAACGAUAUCGAUGUUGCAUGUGCAGUGAAAACCAAUGUAACGAUUGUCUUAGUUGGCAAACUUGCCGUCCUUUAGGAUACACAAGUCCAGUGCGUAUUUGUCGUCAAUGUUCUUCGCGAACAAGAUCGUUCAUUAUUGAUGCUGUCGCUCAACAUAUCGAACAACUCUUACAUAAUGACAUUAAUAACCGAUAUCUUCUAAUAUAUAUUCAUCUGCUCAAAUACUAUUCCCCGUCCAAUCCUAUCGUCGAUCAACUGUGCAAACGACCAAGCGAUUAUUAUCUCUCCACAAAACAGUUCGCUAAAGUUAUUCAAUGUUAUCGCUUCAUGACAAUAUCUGAUCAGUCACUAUUCAAGUUCGCCGAGAUCUUAUGUAGCCAUUCACAAUAUCCAUUAGCAGUCAUUUGCUUCGAUCUCAUUUCAAAACGCUUCCGUUAUGAUGAAAGAAAGUGGGAGCAGAUCGGCAAUGAUUAUUGGGCGACGGGAAACGCUGUGCUUACUUUGUUGAGCUAUGAAAAAGCAAAUUUAAAUAUCGAAGAGCUUUGGUUAAGAUCCCUGCGUGGAAACAAAUUCCUUAGUGAGGAUCGAGCUCUCUUCAUCUUCUAUACAACGUGGCAAAAACAAAUCUCCAAGCAAUUGACUGAAUGGAUAACAUGGUUAACUGGCCAACUGCAAUCGGAAAGUUCCAUGUCAGCUGCUAUUUCCACACUUCAAUUAGCCAGGUUUUCAGCUCAACAAUGGAGUGUCACUUUGAACGAUUUCUCAAAUCAACAUCGAUAUCCUAUUGUAGCUUCCAUCUUGCGAAUGCUGGAUGAAAAAUUAUUGAAUGAAAUUCUUUCAACAAAUCAAUGUACAAAUAAUUUUCUACAAUUAGCUCUCCAAAUGUUAGUCAACGGAAGACUAGAAAAUGUUGACAAGUCGAUGAUGCACACUUUUUCCUCGUCGGAUAUCAAACAAAUUUUGUCUGGAUUGGCUGCAAUUCAUGUUUUCUAUCAUCCUGAUUGGCAAAAACUACGAAAUCAGCGUGCUUGUUCAGGAAAACUCGAUCAAGCUGUAUCGUGUGCUAAAGUGAAUUUUCUUCUGAAGGCGCAAUCAUCGACAGAUUUCGAUUGGAUGGAAGACAGUGUCGAACCCAAUCAAUCAGUUUUUUAUCUACUGGAAUCAUUGAUCAAGAAUGACGAUUACAUUCAAUUGGCCGAAUCACACGCGAAAAUAAACAAUUAUGAAGUGGCUCUGAAUUAUUACUUGUUAACACUUCAAUCUUCGCCACAGUUGUCCGCAGUAGAAACAAUUCUGUCAUCAGCCAAUCAUUUUCUACCAUCAUCUGAAGCUUUUCGUUGCUACGUCGCUGUUUAUAAACAAAUGCGAACAAACACAGCAUGUGCUGCCAAGACACUGGAAUCGAUACUUGGUUGUUUUCAAGCUCAGAAAAAGCCGAUCAUUCCCGCACUUGCUUCGGCUCUGCUUGCCUUCGAAAAACUAGAUCAUUACACUUGCAACUUUUAUAUUUAUUUACUCGACGAACUGUCGAAGCAAUAUGAAGAAAAUUUUCCUCUGAUCAACAGUAUUCAUCAUAGUAUGCACAAUGUAUCGUUAUCAACACAAUCUCUAUCGCAGAGAAUGCAAAACUUCGAUCUUGUCUAUCAGCAGUUUUUGCAAACGACAGUUUACAAGCAGAUCAAACAAGUUCUGUACGGAAAUAUAAUCGAAUUAGCCGUGUGUUUACAAGAUGUCACCAACAUCAGCGCACUGAAACAAAUCCAAAAGGAGUUCUUUGGUAAUAGAGACAUGUCUACAAUGCCAGGUCAAUAUCGUGCUAAAAUGUAUCUUAUUGAAUGCAUGAUUGACAAAUUGGAAAAUCGUCAUAUAGACGCUGUGGGUAAAUUGAACGAAGCGUUAGCCGUUUGUCCCUUGGACGACAUAGUCACAGAAAUCCUGACGAUCAUUACUAAUCGAAGUUUUCAUGUUGGAAUUCUGAAAGAUUUAUUACACUCGAUUGAAGUACUUGGAUCAGAUUCUUCAUUACAAUUCGUUCCCCUUCCACUGUCAGUGUCAUUUUCAAAAGACAACCUUCUCAUAAUCAGUCCAAACUUGAGAGUUGUGCGAAAGUAUGAACGCGCCAUUCUAAAACGGUUGAAUACCAAUCCAUUACAAGCGGCUUUGUCAUACAUUGAUCUGUGUCAAGCAGUGCAUGACCCUACAUGUAUUAUCUCGAACUGGACUUUGGCCUGCUUACAUUUGUACAAUCUCCUAUCGGAAACGAGUUCUAUCAUCGGAAAGGAAGCCGAAAUAUACGCCUAUCGAAAUAUGAUUAGUGAGCUUGUUCUUCAAUCAUUUCAACUGUCUCGUAUUUAUCUACCGCCGCACAUGCAAAUUUACAUCUUUCGUCUUCUGCUGCCGAUUCUUUUACAGACGACUGAAAUUUUUCGCUCGUCAGUUGUUCAUCGGCAAUCACAAUCAUUAUUUCGUCUAACGAAAAAAGAGAUGGUAUUAUCUGAACAAGAUAGUUCAGUAAUUCAGCAGUUAUUACACUUUACCAUUCAUCUGACCAAAGUGGCACCAUUGAUUCAAUUGCCAAACUGCCUGAGCUUCGAUCUUCUCUAUCGUGAAUUAGUCGGUCGACGUUUUCUUGUUCGCUUUCUCGAAGCGAUGAUCGAACAGGAUAUUGAGCAAUCGUACUUGUAUGAAUAUUAUCUCUUUGAAGGUGUUUGGCAAGGAUGGGCAAGAGAUCAUGAUUUUAACGAGAGACGCCGUGCAUGCAUGCGUGCGUUACUAGAUACAAAAGACUGGGAUAUCUACGAUGUUCAAUCACUACUUGACAUUCCUCUCAUUCCUCGUACUGAUGACGGAUGGCUCUAUCGUGACUGUCGAUCCUUAGUAUUUUCCGGUGCUCAGCGAUUUACUCGUGUCGAUGGCAUUGCAUUCAAUAAACGCUCAGGUCAAGUACAGUUCCACUUCCAACCUGUUAGCAAACCCAGAUAUGGACACGACGAUGCUCUAUUCGAUUCGGUUGAUGUGAAAGAAGUCUUUGAACUUGGAGUAACCAGUGCAAUAUUUACCUUGAAUCAGCCGGACAACGAAUUUCAUGCCCAUCCAUUUCAAGAAAUGCUCUAUGCACCUAAUUCUCUCUUAGAUACUCAGUAUUUAGCCACCUUACUUCACACAGAUUACUUGCUGAAAAUGUUUACCACCGGGACUGAAGUAUGCGCUAAACCACCGUUUGCAAUGCGUCCGAUUGAUGAAACGUUUUUCCAACGUUUACCGAAAGAUUUGCAAGACAAAUUAAAACUUUUACAUAAAUGCGACAGACACUUUGCUUUCGGUCGAGCCCAUCGUUUUUGGAUUGAAGCAAAUGAAAUGGUUUAUGAAGAACAAGAAACAGAUUCUAGUACUAUUUUCCGAGUGGCUGAUGUACGUCUUCGAGUUCGCAAACAUUUAUUGGUUCGAAAUACUGAAGGAAAGCUAGUCGAUGAUGAGAUUGAAAGCGAAGAAGAACAACAUUCAGCGGAAAGUCUGUUUGCUAAAGCAUUUACAGAACAUUAUAAUGAAAUUGGUCGCUAUUUUCCGGAACUUCUUCGUCUGAAAGAGUUGCUGAAACUCAGCGCUCUCUAUGUUUUUGCACACGCCAAACAUCGAUCUCUAUCGAAAACAAUCGACUGUAAUCAACUGAUCAACUAUCUAACCACUGUGAGAAACAAUAUAUCGGAAUAUCCUCAUGCGACAAAUUCUGCUAUUGACCGCUAUUAUUAUAAAACUUUGUGGGAUAAUGGUGUUUUAUUGUGCGAAAUUCCAUCAGCACCAGAGAAUGAACUUCGAGCGAAAAUUAGUCAACAAUUGGAAGCAGUUGAUCGACAAGUCGUGGAUCAACUUACCCAGAAUUUUUGUAAACAAGCUCAUAGAAGAGUGACAAGUGAUGUGAAAGAUCUUGUCAGAUAUUGGCUAAAUGGAUACGGCAAUGAAACUAGACAACUAGCUCAAUGGCUCGCAGAUGGGAUCAACGAUUUUCAUCAUCAACUAAAACGGCCCAUCGAGCAGUUAGGAAUUCAAUUAAAAGAUGAUGACGACGAAAGUUAUACUUUGAAACAUAAAAGUGGAAGCUGCAACUGGGUUCCCGCCGUGUUUUUGAGUGUACAUGGUAGUGACAGACGGAUUUAUGGUGGAAUCAGCCUACCGCUAAAACUUAUCAAAGGACAUGUACCGAGAAACAAUGCUACCAGCACUUACAAUGCCAGUACACUUCUCUCUAACAAGUCGUCGACAACAUCAAGUAGACAAAGUAGGUGCACAUUGUCUUUCUUUUGAAAAAUUUCUGUUUAUCUCUUUAAUGUAGCCACUGGUUUUGGCAGUAGUAGUUCACGAAGCGGCGGCAACAAUAAUAAGCCCCCGAAAGGCGGAUGGAAUGACAAGAGAACAACCGAACCGGGUAAGUCACUUACCAGUUUUAGCAAUCAUAUAUCGAUUUUAUGUAAUUGCAGAGCAACAGCCCCAUUGGCAACCCUUUGGAGGUCGGAUAGACGAAGAAAGAUCAAGAACAAGACAAGAACCAAUUUUAGAAACACGGCGUGCAGCCUUUCGCAUAGCUAAAGAUCAGAGUGGCAUCCCUCGUUCGGCUCAACCAAUAAG